CUCACCGGCCAGAGACAGGUUGGACUCAACAUCAGCUGCAGAGGACUGUGUAUUGCAAUAGACCAUUUGCAGCGAUGCUGAGCGUCUUCGUGGUUGUUACGCUCUGCAUCAGUCGCGUGUCCGCCUCGGAGACUAAAGUCUCACAAAAUGCCCUCAGUCCCAGUGAGAGCUAUCUCAUGUCGGUGUGGCACAACAGGCUGUACUUGUAUUCAGCCGCCGCGCUGGUCUUUGGGAUCUGGUUCUCAGUGAAGGUGGCUCUGAAGAAGAACAAGUUCUUCAAAGACUCCAAAGCUCAGAAGAGUAGCGACCACUCUGACAGAGACGCUGUGGCUGCUCACGUGUCUGGAGUAAAAAUCUUCUAUGGCUCACAAACCGGAACAGCCAAGGGCUUUGCAGAAGAACUGUCGGAGGAGGUGAAGACGUUGGGGGUGCCGGCAAAGGUGAUUGACAUCAGAGACUACGAUCCAGACGAUCAGCUUGCCGAUGAGUGCACCAACAAGUCAGUCUGCGUGUUUCUCGUGGCGACCUACACUGACGGACAGCCCACAGAGAACGCCGAGUGGUUCUGCAAGUGGUUGGAGGAGGCGUCGACCGACUUCAGAUACGGGAAGACCUACCUCAAAGGCCUCCCUUACGCGGUGUUUGGUCUUGGCAACUCGGUCUAUGUCGGCCACUAUAAUACGGUGGGUACCAACGUGGACAAGUGGCUCUGGAUGCUGAGCGCUGUGCGAAUUAUGACCAGGGGAGAGGGCGACUGUGACGUGGUGAAGAGCCGGCAUGGCAGCAUUCAGGCCGACUUCCUGGCCUGGAAGGUCAAGUUCCUGAUCCGCCUCCAGGCGCUAGUCAAGGGUGAGAAGAAGAGCUACAGCGGGAAUUGUAAGACCAAAGGCUCCUGUAAGAACCCGAAGAAAGAUGGACAGGAGGAGGAAGAGGAGACGACAGCUUUGCAGAACAGCUCUGAGGAUGAGCUGGUGGAGUCCAGCAGUGAUGAGGAAGAGUCUGGCCUGCAAGAUGAGGAGAAGUCCGGUUCAGUGGUUGACAUGGAGGAUCUGGGCAACAUCAUGAGCAGUGCCAAGAGAGCAAAGAGCAAAGAGGAGGCUGGAGCAGACCAGAUGGUGAAGAUAUCCAAGGUGAAUGCAGUGAGGAAGAUUGACAACGAGGGGGAAAGAAGGGAGAUGAUCACCCCGGCCCUGAGGAAGGCACUGACCAAACAAGGCUACAAACUCAUUGGAAGUCACUCGGGAGUGAAGCUUUGUCGAUGGACUAAGUCCAUGUUGCGGGGGAGGGGGGGCUGUUACAAGCACACGUUCUAUGGCAUUGAGUCCCACCGCUGCAUGGAGACCACCCCCAGCCUUGCCUGUGCCAACAAGUGUGUCUUCUGCUGGAGACAUCACACCAACCCUGUGGGCACAGAGUGGCGCUGGAAAAUGGACCCCGCAGAGAAGAUCCUGCACGAGGCCAUGGAGAAGCACCAGGGCAUGAUUCGACAGUUCAGAGGUGUCCCUGGAGUACAACCCGAACGGUAUGAGGAGGGCCUGGCUGUCAAGCACUGUGCCCUCUCCCUGGUGGGUGAACCCAUCAUGUACCCUGAAAUCAACGCCUUCAUCUGUCUCCUCCACUCCCACCGCAUCUCCAGCUUCCUGGUCACCAACGCACAGUUCCCUCAGGAAAUCAGGAACCUGGUUCCAGUUACCCAGUUGUAUGUCAGUGUGGACGCCAGCACCAGAGACAGCCUGAAGAAGAUUGACCGACCGCUCUUCAAGGACUUCUGGCCCCGCUUCCUGGACAGCCUAAGGGCCCUGGGAGAGAAGAGACAGAGGACGGUGUACAGACUGACGCUGGUGAAGGCCUGGAACGUGGAGGAGAUGCUGUCCUACUCGGAACUCAUUGCUUUGGGCCAGCCGGACUUCAUUGAGGUCAAGGGAGUGACGUACUGCGGCGAAAGCGCCGCCAGCACCCUGACCAUGGCGAACGUCCCCUGGCACCAGGAAGUGGUCGCCUUCGUCCAGCAGCUGGCCGACAUGCUGCCUCAGUACGAGAUCGCCUGCGAACACGAGCACUCCAACUGUUUGCUCAUUGCGCACACCAAGUUCAAGGUGGAUGGUGAGUGGUGGACGUGGAUCGACUACGAGCGCUUCCAGGACCUGGUCCAGGUUCAAGGGGAGAGUGGGGGCCAGCGGGGCUUCUCGGCCCUGGACUACAUGGCCAAGACCCCCAGCUGGGCUCUGUUCGGAGCCAACGAGCAAGGCUUCGACCCCACCGACACGCGCUUCCAGCGGCGCAACAAGACCAAAGACAUUUCAGGAUGCUGAUGGAUGUGAGAGGGAGGGAGGCCGGGGGAAUAGAACCAGGACAUUUACAUUUUAAAAGUAGGGUUCGAUUUUUAUCCUGCUCGAGUUUCCUGUCACCGACAGCUUUUUUAAUUUUUAGAAUUUUCUUUACUGUCCUCAGCUGCCCUCAUUCUCACUCAAAUUCUUUGUCCUUCUUUUCAUUUUAUUGGCUUGACCUAUAGAUGCUUGAUCAGCCAAAAACGGGCUGAAUCUGUUAGUCAUUUUCUAGACAUUCCCCCUUCACGUUCACUUUAAGUGCUUCUCUUACUUCCUAUAUGAACAUAUACUCCCCUCUUUCUUUCUUUCUUUGUUUCUUUUUUUGAAGUGGGUCAUUAUUAUAAAUGUCCUUUGAUCCGUAGAACCAUCUGGCAGCUCUUGGGAGGGUUUACACGGUCACCGUUGAACCUGGGAGUGGUUUUCAUCAUCAUCAUCAUCAUCAUUUCUGACUCUUCUUCUUCUUAAUAAUCAAGUUUGGAGUUGGGCAGCUGACGCGAUGAGCAUAUAAGGAGUAGCUGGUCUCCACACGUCGUCUCGUUGGGACUGGUUGUGUUCACUCGGUCGCUGAGAGAAAAGGCUUCACGGCUUCUCAUCGCUCUCUUUGUGCUAUUUUUAUUUAUCUUUUCAUGCACUGCUGCACAUUCCCAGACAUAAUGUGCAGUCAGUCUGGUUUGCUGUAGAAAAGUAGACAAUGUUUAAAAAAAAUAAAGAAAAUCAUAAUAUAGCUUUUUGAAUAACUUGAUAUAAAAAAUAUGAGAACAUAUUGGAUACAACUGUUUCUGGUUUUGCAGUAUUUGAGAGAAACUACCAGUGGAUGACAGAGUAAAACAAGCGUCAUCUAAUAUAAUAAAGAGCCACUAAAAGGGAUCAUAUUUUAUCAGUUUUGUAUUGCAGUUUGAGAGAAUAUUUUCAACAUUCAUCCUGAAGAUGACCAUAUUCUCAGGUAAUGUUAGGUCUAUAUCAUCUCAAUACGUCUCCCAGCUCUUGGGCACAAAGAUGAAUAAAUGCACUGCAUAUUUGAAACAAUUCAUCCCAUCUACCAAAUGUCUGCAGUCCAGGAUCCGGUAUGAAGAAAAGCAUUGUGGGUGGAGAUGUAGCUUCAUCAUGCAUGCCAGAAUAAAGCCUUGACUGAUAUUUGUCUAAAUCCAGAUGUUAAUCGUUUAAUUUCUUUUUUUACUUGACUGUACAUUCAGAUGGGAACGUUUACGUUCGAUUUGAGUCUAAAUCCAGAUGUGAAUGUUCGAGUCCAUUUUUAUUGGUUUCUGCUCCCUGUUGGGAGAAACAGCAGGUGUGGGAAUACAUCGCCAUAAUAAAAGGAUGUGGAUUAAUCUGC